GCAAACUUCAACAUCACUCACUGAUAACAAGAGUUGUGAUGCUGGAAGUUGGUAUCUAUCUGUCCGAAACGUACAAUCACUAGCAUCUGGUUGUCGCGUACGUUGGGUUAGGGUCAAAACGCUAAACACGUUCCUUCUAAGUAUUCUCAGCGAGAUGAUACUAAUCCUGGGAAAGAGAACCUAAUUCAUCUUGGUUGUAUCCCACACUGAACCGAUGCCCUGACAUUUAUUUCGAAAGAUGGUGUUUGUGCUGAAAAUCUAACGUUACACCUGUCGUUGAGCGGUAGUUCACUCAUUCAUCUCAACGGAUCGAGGACCGUGAAGCGCGCCUUGGCUCCCGGCGAGCUGGCAGCUCAAUCAUCAGAACGGAUGCGCUGGUGGACGUGCUUCGUGUUCGUAAUUCCGUAUACAUGCCUGGUUGAAGUUGAAUUGAGAUGCUCAUAAAUCGGCGAUGCACUCGGUGUUAAUGAUUUCAUCACCAACCUCAAAGGUUCUUGCCAUUAAAAGAGGCAUUAUUGCUGUAUAUUAAAGCAGAAUUUCUACGCUUUUUCCAUAAUUUACUUUGAAUUGAAGGAGUGAAGUGUCAGUCCGUCAGAGUCAGACAUCAUCAUUGACAUUGACUUUAUUAUUGCUGGAGCUGUAUUGCACUGGACAGUAAACUAUAUCGUCUAGACUCUAUAGUACUUGGUACAUGUUGUCAAUAGUUUUUUUUCUGAACUUCGACUUCAAGUUUAUGUCAUGUACAUGUAUUUCUCGUUCCGCAUGAAGGCAUCCUUCAGUCAGUUUUGAACUUAGCUACUGACAAUACCAGUUUCAUUCUUUUAGUUUUAUUUUAUUUGUUUAUUGCUUCAACAUGAUUAACCUGGCCUUGACUGUCAGUGAGUGUUCUUGCUGAAAUUGAAGUGGAGGGGAGAAUUAACAACAGAAUCUGAAGUAAAGACAAAGGUUAUACACCCAGAGUUUUGCUGAAGAUCCAUCUUUUGAUACAAUCAACCAUGAUGAUGAUCCCUUUACGAGCCUUGAUGCACUACAGGAGUGGAUUUUUUAUUUUGGUUUUUAUCUUCAUUUUAGCAGUGCUAUUCCUAGAGUUCCGAGUGCAAGAUAUUCAUGAUGAACAAGAUAAGCAACUCCGUGAUGCCCUGGACAACAGCCACAUGAGACACUUGCAGAAGGUCCCCACCCCUCUGGUAGCGGACGAACUCUAUCAGCAGAAGCCCAUGUACCCCUUGAUCAUCUACAACCGGGUGCCCAAGACUGGUAGUACGUCCUUCACCAGCCUGCCCUACACACUGUGUGAGACACUCAAGUACCAUGUGCUUCACGUCUGCACAGAGUAUCACCUCCAGGUGCUGUCCGUUCAAGACCAGAUCGGUAUAGUUAGGAAUAUCUCCAAUUGGUCAGCCAAGCAACCUGGCUUCUAUCAUGGUCACUUUGCAUACAUUGAUUUCCCAAGAUUUGGCUCGCACGUAAACCCAAUAUACAUCAACAUGGUACGUUCACCGCUAGACAGAUUUAUCUCCUAUUACUACUUUCUGAGGCAUGGGGAUGAUUUCAGACCAAGCCUAUCAAGACAUAGAGCGAGGAGUAACGAGACGCUUGAUGAAUGUGUUAUGAGACAAGGCUUUGACUGCGCACCAGAGCGCAUGUGGAUACAAGUACCUUUUUUCUGUGGGCACAACCCAGAAUGCUGGAAACCUGGCAGCAGAUGGGCCUUAGAACAAGCCAAGUCCAACGUCGUCAAUAAAUACUUCUUGGUCGGAGUAACAGAGCAUAUGGAGGAGUUUGUAGCGAUGCUAGAGGCCUCCCUUCCAUCAUUUUUUAAAGGAGCACAUCAUAUUUUUAUGAAAGGAGAAAAAUCUCACCUACGCAAGACAGUGCAAAAGCUCAAUCCUCUGCCUUACACGUUAGACACGCUCAAGAACAACGACGUUUGGACAGUGGAGGAUAAAUUUUACCGAUUUGUGCUGGAAACAUUUAGAACUAACGCGGCUCGCUCGCUGAUCAUAGAAAAGGACCAUUCCAUAAGGACAGUCAAACAACAGUUUUCUUUUGAAAAGAUUCGACCGUGGAAACGUUCUUCGAAUGGUUAGGAGCCGACCUUUGAGCUUGGAAAAAACUUUUUGUCUAUCAUCUGUUGGUACGAGAAGAGAGUUGGAGUCGGAUUCUAUAGUAUUUGUGUUUCCAAAGAGUUAAAUAUUACUUGUAAUGGAUGUACAUUUAUAUACUUAUGCAUACUGUUGAAAUAUAUGAUGUGUCUUUGAAAGGAGGAAAUAUUUGUUGGUAAAAAAGAUGAAGAUAUAAUUUUACGUCUUUCUGCCUUUUAGCUUUGAGGAUGUAUCGUCACUCAUUAUGAUGCAUUGGUAUUGUUAAGUAGUAUUUUAUUUUUAAAUGUGUUUUCUACUUUGAAAAUUUUUGAAUUUUCUUCCCAGAAUUGAUUCUGAUCCUAUAUAUGGGUCCCCUUUUUUCAAAGGACAUGUGCAUGUAUUUUGUAUGGGGUACAAUAUGACUGAUCAGAAACUAUUAAAAAGGGACAGUUAAGCUUGAUGCAAAAUCAUUCGUCAUUUUAUGUCUGAUGUUAAGUUGUCUUGGUUUGUAACUCAUCUGUUUAUGAAAAUAUUAGGUGAUGGUAGAAACUUCUGAUUGUUAUUGAUUAAAUAUCUUCAAUCACAAAAGUAGAAUUCUGACAAAAAAAUCGUCUGUCACUUCAUGUCAAAUGUAAAUCUGUCUUCAUUUGAAACUCAUCAUGCCAUGAAAACAGUGUAGACUAAUUAAAAACUUCCAUUUAUUGAUCAAUGAUCAAAAUAUCAAAUACAUUUAGUAUCAAGAUUAGAAUUUGAUGCAACCUCUGUUUUAUGUCUUCUGCAACUUUGCCUCCAUCAAUACAUCUUCUCCUGAUAAUAGUAAAAUCUUCCAUAUGUUAUUAAACAAUAAUUUCAAUCACAAAUGUAAAAUUCUAACUCAAUCCGCGUCUUCUAUGAAGUUUAUUUGAAAAUCGCAUUGUUUGCAAGCAUUGAUGAUAACAUUUCCAAAAUUGCAAGAGAAGAACUUUAUUGCAAUAACAAAUCUUAGUUUAUGUCUUCUAUUAAUUGUUCCAUUUGGAAAUCAUGUUGUUGUGAAAAAUUAUAUGAUGAUGAAAACUUCCAAAUAUUUCGAAUUGAUCACUCAAAUGGCAAAAUUAAAAAUUCUAUUGCAAGAACUCAAUUCAUGUCUCUUUUUAAUUUCUUGAGUUUAUUUCUCUAGUUUAAAAAUCAUAUUAUGAAACAGAUGACGAUGAAAAAAAACUUCCAAAUGUCAUUAAUAAUUCAGUCAGAAUAGCUAAAUUCUGAUGCAAAAAUGUUGUCUUCUGUAAAGUUGUCUUCACAUGAUCUUAAUAAUAGAACCUCCUUCCAUCAAAUUAGCGACUGAAAUGACUAAGCAAGUAGCUCUGAUAUUUGUGAAUAAACUUGUAUUAUGUAGAGUGUGCCAAAAGUUAUGAAACAUGCAAUAUAUUUGUUGAUAUUAAAUAAUUUGUGUCACAAGUUUGUUAUAUACAUUAACAUCAGUGUGCCUUUAUUUUUAUUCAUUUUUUUAAAACUAAGUUUAAAAAUUGUUUUGUUAUCUGUAAGAAAUAGUAAUAUACUCAUUAUUUUGUAUUUGGGCCAAGGGUGCACAAUUUUUGGGUUCGAUACUGUCCUUUUUUGAAGAUCAAAAUUAGUGAUGAAAUUUUCACGAAGGAACUGUAGUUUUUUAAAGCCCCUCUGCACUAGUUUGGCCAGGAGGGAUUAGACCACCCUGCAUGGUCACUGACAGAUGGAUAUCUCAUCAAACUAGUUUUCAAUUGACAUAAGAAAAGGGGGACCAUGGGGGACCAAUGGUUACCGAUAAGGCAUUGUUUGCUAUUAAGAGGGCGCAAGUAGCUGUAAGUAGUGCAAUGGGGCUUUGACCUUCAGCGAUUAUUUAGAGUGCUGCUACACAAAUGGGUUUUCAGAUUUAUGUAAGAUAAACAUGUGGAGGUGUCGUGGUAUAGUGGUUCAUUCACUUGACUCUAAAUCCAAGGGUUUAGGGUUCAAAUCCCAUCCUGGCACUAAUGUCCUUGGGAAGACAUGAAUCCACAUUUACCACUCUCCACCCAGGUGUUAAAUGGGUACCCAGAAGGAUGUAGAAGUUGUUGUGCAGAAGAAUGUGCACACAUUGUUUGUGAGCAAGCCUUAAUGUGACGACCAAGGUAGUGAUAUUGCUGUAAUACGCUCAUUCAGAGACAUUCUCAAUAUGUUAAGCACUCUUUAGCCCAGAAUAUUAUUAUCAUUGAUGUGAU